GGCGCGGCCAGGUUGUGAUGGUGGACGUCGAUGGCAUGCAAUGGUGGCGCGACACAAUCUAUCCUCAGGCCCAUGUCUCGAGAGAUGAGUUCAAACAAAAGCUCUUUCAAUGCUCGCGAAUACAACUGCCUCAGAUGUCCAUGAAGGAGGCAAGUGUGUACUUGGACAUUUGCAUCGAACUCAAAUCCGAAAUCAUGGUGCGCGACUGGGAACGGUUCUUGGUCCGCUUUGGUCCAUUUUCAAAGUGCGUCGUCAAAGCCGUCCAGUGCUUCCAGGACAGAGUUGGUGUUGCGCCGUGGUUUCAUGGGGCAAUCUCGAGAGCGGAAGCGGAAAAGUUGACAACCCACGCCGACGACGGCGCGUUCCUCGUCCGCUUUAGCGAAACCCAACCGGACAAGUUCACCCUCACGUACAUGAAAGUGCACUCGGAUCCAGUGUACCACGGGCGAAAAGAGAUCAAGAACGUUUUGAUCGUGCAUAAUCCGCGAGAAGGCUACGGUCUCCAAGACGGCGGCAACGGCAGGCAGUAUCCAUCGAUAGCGUCGUUCAUUGAAGGCAGCAGCGCGCGUCUUCGAACCCCCAUCGUGUCUCGCCUCUCGAUCGAGUGCAAUCGCAAAUUGAAGGAUCUCCAGGGAGCAACCAUGUUCAUGUUUUCGUCGUCGUCCGCAUUCAAUGGCGCCGCCAGCGAGUAUAGCAACCUGAGCACGAACGACCUUGUGACCUCUGCACACUUGGACCACGGCGUUGGACAUUUUGGCGCUUCGAGUAGCUGUCACGGGAGCGGCGUCGCUCCCUCCAGCGACUACACAACGUUGAAGCAUGGAGAUGUGCAUCCUCGACCUGACGCAUCCUCUACCUAUGCCACUUUUGCACAAUUGUCCACCUCGGUGGGUCGCCAACAGAUCGAGGCCAACAACGGCACCGCCCAUCGGCAACCAUCGGCUUCCGUAGUCUGUGGCCAUUUCAACCCGCUCGAGACAAACCACACGGAGAAAGGUGGCUUCAUCUCUCUCGACUAUGGUCGGCUUCCUCCUGCGUAUGCCGCAGUGUCGCAAACGACGGCCGCGGGGGAUGAGUACGGUCGGUUUGGCCCUCCGCCCCCGAUGGCUGCCUCCACCUCUGGUGACGUGUACGGGCAAUUUGGGAUGCAAACCACAACGUCAACUGUGGCGACCACGACAGGUCAAACACCUCUGCUCACGAACGCACCCGGACAAGUCAGCGAUUAUGGCAUGAGUUCCAACGUCCGUGCUGAAAACAAAGCCGACCCGCAGCCGCCUAACGACUACGGUCAACUAGGUCAAGUGCACCUCGUCGAUCGUUUCAACAAGGGCUGUGGCCACUUUGGGCCGGGCUCUGUGCCAUCUCAGGCUUCUGCGGACGGCACCUACGGCCACUUUUCUUCCAACGCACCUCCUCAAUCGAGUUCCGCAUCCCUGCCAUCAACUGGUGGUGCCCUCCACCCGACGCAUCCGCGGAGCGCCGCGGAUGCACCUCACUUGCCUGACUACGGUCGGUUCGAUCAAGCGUUUUCGACUGCAGCUCAAGCGUCGUCGCUUGGCCACCAUUCAAUGGUGCACCACAACAGUGAUUCAACUUGGUCACACUCCAACACUCGAUCCUCCUUUGCCGUCGCAACCGUUAGUACGGCGACAAGUACGAGCGAGCUCGGCCAAGUUGGCUCUACCUCAUCCUUUCCUUUAGCAUCCCUUCCUUUGACCCGAAACGCUUUCGUGGAUCGGCAAGGGCCCGAAACAAAGCCUCCUCUUCAAGGCAAGGAAGAUGCCAUCGCACACAUCGAGUCUGGGAUGGCGCUGUACAAGGAACGCAAUUUGGACGACGCGAUUUCGUGCUUUUUACGGGCCGAACAUUGCGCAAAAGCUGCAGGGGAGAAACCUGUCGAGGCCAGGGCGUUGGGCAACCUCGGGACUGUCUAUUUGGACAAGAAGUUGCCCAAGGACGCUAUGCGGUACUACAUCAAGUGUUUGGGCUUGACUCGUGAUGUCGAAGACAAAAAGCGAGAGCGUAUCAUCCUAAACAACUUGGUCUUGGCCAGCAUCGCGUCCGGCGAUACCACCGCCGCGUUGAAGUACUCAACAGAACUCCUUGCGAUCACGGCCGUGCCGGCGAAUCGGCUCAAGAUUGAGUCGCGAAUUCGCACCCUUCAGGAGGAACUGAGGAGGCCUAACGCGUCCCCUUCCGCUCUACAAUCCUGACAAAGGUCAACUGGUCAUGUCGGUCACGACCAGGACAAGACGAUUGUUUGCGUUUCCACUUUAACUUUGUAUGGGCAGUUGAUUCAAUUUUGGAAAAAUAUUCUUACAGGUAAAAAAUCC